AUGUUUUGCACUUCUCAUCCUCAAUAACCAAUAUCUUUAGUAUGUGUGGCUGAACACAAGUGUAAAUGUUAAAGAAAGAUGUGUGUUGAAUGUCUAAAUGAACACGGAGUAGAGAUUAAACAAGCAGUUCCGAUUAAUAAAUUUCAUGAAACGCUUCUAAAGAAAUUGAAAGAAAACCAGUUGGAGGAUACAUCAGAAUUAAUUAAUAAGAAAAUAGGCUUCAAAUAAUUGCUAUCUGAAACUGAAGCUAUUAUGAAGAAGUUAUGGGAAGAUUUAGCAUCUUCAAUUAAAUUGAUCUAUGAGAUGAUUGAGUAAGAAAAUAAUUCCUACAUUAAUCUCAUCAUAAAUAAUGAUAAUUUAGCAGAAUCUUCUUUUAUUGAUUUGGAAAAAUUAGUUUAAAUACAGAAUGGGAGAAUUUUAGACGAUUGGAAUUAUAAAAAAAAUUCUUAUGUGUUGGAAUUGGAUAAGGCUAAGUAGUGGCUUGAAAUAGAAGUGAAAAAUUUCAACUAAAAAUUUAAACAACAAAUUAAUGAGAUUUUAUAGAUGUUUCGGUAUAAUUUAACAACAUUUUCAAAUAGGAUUGAAACGAAAAAGCAAUGGAUAUGGAAAGAAGGUACCCAACAACUAAGAGGAUUCUUUUGGAAUUAUACUUUUAGCAAACUUUUGAAGCAAACAACAACACUCCAAAUAAACUUUACAUUGGACAAAGAAAUUUAAUAUUUCAGAGAUGGAUCUAUGCUAAGAAUGUAAGAGUUCAUUAAGAUUAACUUAGAGAUAAAAAAAUAGACACUACAUAGAAGCCAGAAAUUUUAACUAAUUUAGAAUAAAUCGAAAAUUUACAAUGGUUUGGACAAUAUGGAGAUAAUAAUAAGUAAAUAGGCAAAUGGAUCGCAAUAUGGAGGGGUGAAAAAAUAUAGGAUGUUGGUGGAGAGUACUCGAAUGAUUGAAAAAAAUAAGGUCUUUGGAUAGAUUUGGCAAAAAAUUAUCAGAAGUUAGUUAAUAUUUGUUAACUAAUAGAUAAGCAUAAGUGCUUGAAAAAGGCUAGUAUUAGGGUGGCCAAAGAAUUGGUGUUUGGAAGUUACUUUUCGAAUAUAACGAGAUAUAUCUAUUAUAUUAUAAAAUAACUAAGAGGUGGUGGGGUCUAUGAAAAUGGAAAGAAAAAUAAAAAAUGGUAAGAAUUGAGUGAAAGCUUUGAUAAAAAUUGUUAAGUAACUUACAAAGGUUAAUAUAAAAAUGGUAAGAAAGUUGGUAGAUGGGAUAUUUAGUAUAGGCCUGAUGUAGAUAAACCAUUUAGUACAAUGUAAUAUAUAUUGUAUAAAAGUUUCUAUUAGUGGUGGUGGUUAAUAUGAUGAAGCAGGUGAUGGAAUUAAGUUCGGUAAUUGGGUGGAAAUAUCAGAUAAUUAUUAUGAUGACUCUUAAGUUAUUUACAAAGGUUAAUAUAAUAAUGGUAAGAAAGUUGGUAUAUGGGAUAUUUAGUAUAGGUAUGAUGUAGAUAAACCAUUUAUUACAAUGUAAUAUAUAUUGUAUAAAAGUUUUUAUCAGUGGUGGUGGUUAAUAUGAUGAAGCAGGUGAUCAACUUAAGUUAGGUAAUUGGGUGGAUAUAUCAGAUAAUUUUAAUUAUGACUCUUAAGUAACUUACAAAGGUUAAUAUAAAAAUGGUAAGAAAGUUGGUAGAUGGGAUAUUUAGUAUAGGUAUGAUUUAGAUAAACCAUUUAUUACAAUGUAAUAUAUAUUGUAUAAAAGUUUUUAUCAGUGGUGGUGGUUAAUAUGAUGAAGCAGGUGAUCAACUUAAGUUAGGUAAUUGGGUGGAUAUAUCAGAUAAUUUUAAUUAUGACUCUUAAGUAACUUACAAAGGUUAAUAUCAGAAUGGUAAGAAAGUUGGUAGCUGGUUUAAAAUGACUAAAGAAUAUUUUAAUAAUUAAAUAACGCAAGAAAAAAUUCUCUAUGAUUAUUGA